CUACUCUAUGGUUAUUUCCGGUCGGCGGCCAUAACAGCCGAGUGCGCUUGCGCUGUUGGCUCAGCCGUCUCCUAGCAACCAGGAGAGCGACCGUAGCAACAGAAACAUGGCCAAAUCAACAACUAUUAAAGAUGCAUUAGCCAAAUGGGAGGAAAAGUCUGGACAGAAAGCAGCUGAAGCUAAAGAAGUUAAGCUGUAUGCACAGAUUCCGCCCAUUGAAAAGAUGGAUGCAUCUCUGUCCACACUGGUAAACUGCGAGAAGUUAUCCCUUUCCACCAACUGCAUUGAAAAAAUAGCCAACCUGAAUGGAUUGAAAAAUCUCAGAAUAUUGUCGUUAGGAAGGAAUAACAUAAAGAAUUUAAAUGGAUUGGAAGCAGUUGGUGAAACACUAGAAGAGCUAUGGAUCUCGUACAAUUUAAUUGAGAAGUUGAGAGGAAUGCAUGUAAUGAAGAAGUUAAAAGUUCUCUAUAUGUCCAAUAAUGCAGUGAAAGACUGGGCGGAGUUCGGGAAGCUGGCUGACCUGCCAUGCUUGGAGGAUCUUGUGUUUGUGGGAAAUCCUCUGGAGGAAAAGCACACGCUAGAAAGCAACUGGGUAGAGGAGGCAACUAAACGUCUUCCUAAACUGAAGAAGCUGGAUGGAAAUCCAGUCAUUAAGCAGGAGGAUGAAGAGGGAGACGACGCCUAAGCUUUCAGAGUGUCUUUAUCCUUUUAACUUAUUUAAACCAUUUUAGAAAAACAAAAAAAUACUUUUUAUAAAUGUUCUUUGUAUUUAUAAUGUUUGAAAAUGGUUUCCUUUUUUUAUAUGGUAAAGUAUCUUUGUGGAUUAAAACAGAUUGUAAUCGGAAUUCCAGUGUCUGGAUGAAUCAGGGUCUAUAUCGGCUUUCUUUAUUCGCACAAAAUGGAGGAUGAAUUUAAGGAAGCACAAGUUUUUUAACAGUAUAAUUUUACAAUUAAAGGGUGUUGCAACAAGUUAUAAAAGGUAUACAUUCCGUAAUGUGCGCCUGUCAGAGAAGCACAGAGGAGACAGCCAUUUUGUGGGCAGGGCCAAUAUCCUCAUUGUAAAUUAAAUAGGAAAUGUAGUGGCUGCAUUCACAUAAAUAUUGGUGGAACCCAUCAAAAUGGCCGCUAUUUCUUUCAGUAACUGAGGGGGUACAUUUUAAAUAUAUACUCAAAGUGCACAAAUAACUUUAUAUUUGGUGUAUAAGUAUAAAAUGUGUCAUAGAAUACUAUAGAAAGGAAUCCUAAAGGUUAUUUUUAUGCUUACAGAAAGCGGAAUAAAGAAAGUAUUCCCAGUCUUGGCAGCAGUAGUGGCAUCUGUAUAAUCACAGGUAUUUUGGUUACUGAAUAAGAGAGACUGAAGGUGCUGGUCUGUUACAUUUCUACCCAGCUGCACCGUCCAGCAUUAAAUACCCCUCCCCAUCUUUUAUACACUUCAGUUAUGUAAAAGAAAAAUUUGGGUGCAAUCUUUUCAUAAAUGAUCAGAAAUAUGAAAACUGAGAUUAUGUGUGUUAAAUAAAGUGUUAAAAAUA